AGGGCCAAGAGAGCCAGCCUGGUCUCCCUCACACAGCUUCACAGAGAGAUUCAAGGUGGGUGCGGGUCAAGACUGUGGGCAACAGGAUUACAGAUACAUGAUACUGCAGGGGAGGAUCACAGCUUGGAAUAACCGUACAUUUUUGAGGGGUGAGACAGAGCAUACCAUUUAAACAAAAUGCAACAACACAGACAGAAGCAUUUCAUGGACCUAUGGUCCUCAUGGCUAGUAUUUUCUGUACAAAAUACUGUGUAAUCAAACUGCUUUAAAUGUGGUAGAAUGAUGCCAAGGGAAUAAGUGACCUCAAGAAGACUGAAUGAACAGUGAGUUAACUAAGUAGUGGGUUUAAUGAACCAGAAGGAUGUAAUGUUAAUGAAGGAGGAAAGAAGAAGAAACAUCCUGAUUGCUCUUUCAGUUUCAUUCCAAAGAGCAAUAAAUACUUGGAACUAGAUUAUGUUUAUCCUGAGGAGACCACUAUUGUUAUAUAUUACAGACUAAGGGCAGAUUUCUUACCUAAUUGUUUUGUCUGAAGUGAGACAUUCUGGCUGAUAUUGGGCCAUAGGAAGAAAUUAAAUAUCUCUAGACUUUAUAAAGUACUUCACAUCCUGUGGAUUUAUCUUUUUCUGUGGCUGUUCUUAAAUCUUGAGUGCUAAGACAGUGCUACUGGGAGAAGCUUCUGGUAGUACUCUGGAUUUCUAAGUUGAAAUGUACAAUGGCAGCAGCCAGCGAAUUUUGGGACCUGAAGUCUUCAGGAGGAGUCUUAGGUGUAGCUUUCUGAUGAUGAGCGACCCCCAGUAGGAGUAUUCUUCAGUCCUGUUCCCCUGAAGAAAUGUUUACAUAGGUAGCUUUGGGACUGAGGAUUUACAUGUGGUUUUUAUGUGUGUGGUAGUUCUGAAUUGCUAUGUAUUCAUCUCGAGACAGAUGGACAUCAAGAUGUGAAAUGCUACUUUCAGAGGUUAGGGGUAUUUUUUCAAAUAUGGGAGACUGCUUCCUACCUUCAGACUAAAGAACAUGGUAGCUAAUUGAAAUCUAAAAAUGUAAGAGAAAUCAGCAAAGAAAUAAGUUAAUGUGCUUAGAGUAACUCUUCAGUUGAGAUGGUUACUUCAGGUACUUUUAAAGUUCAGUGUUAACUUUUUCUAGAAGUUGUUUCUACCUUCACUAGUUGUCUAAGACAAGAAAUCCCUUGAAAAUGCAAUAGUUUAAUUUUCUUUAGCUUCUCUUUUUUUUCUCAGAGAUUUCUUUAAUACACUAUAUAAUACACUAUAGAAUAAACACUUUUAGUGAGCUUGAGUCACUGGUGUAUUUUUAUUCUGUUUUCAAAUUGUGGCCAAUUUUUGGACAUUUUAACAUUAAAUACUUGUUUGUUAUUCUGGAACAGUCUUUCUCUUUAGUUGGUAGAAUUGGUUAACAGGGCCAGAGAGGCACAGUACCUGCCCUGUGAUAGUCACUUUUAGCAGCCUAAUCCUGCUCAAUCUAUUUUUCUUUUAGGAUCUCGUGUGGAGAUACAUGUUGCGACACUGCAGAGUUGAGAGAGUCCCCAGAAAAGAAAAAAAAAUUCAGUAGGUGAAAAUCAGAGGAAGUAGCUGCUGACAUAGGAAAACUGUACUAAAGGACAUUUCUGAAGGAAAACUUUUAAGAUGUGGUGAAGAGCCUGUAUUUUCCCCUGUCUGGUAUAUAGUGCCUUAAAAAAUGGGGUUUGGAGGUGACCUGAAGUAUUCUCAUGAUGCUUUAUUAAAACUGCAAGACUGGGAACUACGACUGCUGGAAACAGUAAAGAAAUUUAUGGUAAUGAGAGUAAAGAGUGAUAAAGAAUAUGCGUCCACUUUACAGAAUCUUUGUAACCAAGUAGAUAAAGAGAGCGCUUGUCAAUUGGAUUACAUCAGCAAUGUGUCCAAGUCUUGGUUGCUCGUGGUACAGCAAACAGAACAGCUGAGCAAAAUAAUGAAGACGCAUGCAGAGGAUCUUAAUUCUGGGCCCUUGCAUAGGCUUACAAUGAUGAUCAAAGAUAAGCAGCAAGUUAAGAAGAGUUUCGUAGGUGUUCAUCAACAAAUUGAAGCGGAGAUGUACAAGGUCACAAAGACAGAACUAGAGAAACUUAAAUCUAGCUACAGGCAACUAAUAAAAGAAGUAAAUUAUGCCAAAGAAAAGUAUAAAGAAGCUGUGGCUAAAGGAAAGGAGACAGAGAAAGCCAAAGAUCGGUGUGAAAAAGCCACUAUGAAACUUCAUAUGUUGCAUAACCAGUAUGUGUUGGCACUGAAAGGAGCACAAUUACAUCAGCAUCAAUAUUAUGAUACUACACUUCCUCUGUUACUUGAUUCACUACAGAAGAUGCAAGAAGAAAUGAUUAAAGCCCUAAAAGGGAUCUUGGAUGAGUAUAGUGAGAUCACCAGUCUUGUAACAGAAGAGAUUGUGAAUGUCCAUAAAGAGAUCCAGACCUCGGUGGAACAGAUAGACCCUAACUCUGAGUAUAAUGACUUCAUAGAUACUCACAGGUCAUCAGAAGUUGUUGAACAAGAAAUAGAGUUUGAUACAUCUUUACUAGAAGAAAAUGAAAACCUUCAAGCUAAUGAGAUCAUGUGGAAUAAUUUAACAGCAGAAAGUUUGCAAGUCAUGUUAAAAACAGUAAUAGAAGAACUGAUGCAGACGCAGCAAAACCUUCUGAGCAAAGAAGAACUUGUUUUGGAACUAGAGAAAAAAAUAGAAGAGUCAUCUAAGACAUGUGAAAAGAAAUCGGAUAUUGUACUCUUGCUGAGCCAAAAGCAAGCACUUGAAGAACUCAAGCAAACAGUCCAGCAAUUAAGAUGCUCUGAGGCAAAAUUUGCCGCCCAGAAAGAGCUACUGGAACAAAAGGUUCAAGAGAAUGAUGGGAAAGAGCCACCACCUGUAGUGAAUUAUGAAGAAGAUGCCAGAUCAGUGACUUCUAUGGACAAGAAGGAUAAAGUGUCAAGGUUUGACACUAUACGUCAUUCCAUAGCUGGAAUUAUAAGGUCUCCAAAAUCCAUGUUGGGUUCAUCAUCGUUCUUUGAUGUAAUCUCAACCACUGAGAAACCAUUGGCUGAGCAAGACUGGUAUCAUGGUGCAAUUCCACGAAUAGAAGCCCAGGAACUGUUAAAACAGCAAGGAGACUUCUUGGUGCGAGAGAGCCACGGGAAACCUGGUGAAUAUGUCCUUUCUGUGUUUUCAGAUGGACAACGGAGACACUUUAUCAUACAAUAUGCUGAUAAUCAAUAUCGUUUUGAGGGAACUGGGUUUCCAACUAUUCCUCAGCUCAUAGAGCAUCAUUACACGACAAAGCAAGUUAUUACAAAGAAGUCCGGUGUUGUUCUGCUUAAUCCUGUUGUUAAGGAUAAGAAGUGGGUUCUCAAUCAUGAAGAUGUCACACUGGGGGAAUUACUGGGCAAAGGUAAUUUUGGUGAGGUGUAUAAAGGAACAUUAAAGGAUAAAACCCCUGUUGCUGUAAAAACUUGCAAAGAAGAUCUUCCUCAGGAACUGAAAAUAAAAUUUCUGUCUGAAGCCAGAAUACUCAAACAAUAUGAUCAUCCUAAUAUUGUAAAACUUAUAGGAGUUUGCACUCAACGACAGCCUAUAUAUAUUGUUAUGGAACUUGUUCCAGGAGGUGAUUUCUUGUCAUUCCUAAGAAAAAAGAAGGAUGAGCUGAAAACCAAACAGCUGGUGAAAUUUUCAUUAGAUGCUGCCUCUGGUAUGGCAUAUCUUGAAUCUAAAAAUUGUAUACAUAGAGACCUGGCUGCAAGGAACUGCUUGGUAGGUGAAAGCAACAUCUUGAAAAUAAGUGAUUUUGGGAUGUCCCGGCAAGAGGACGAUGGCGUGUACUCAUCAUCAGGCCUAAAGCAGAUUCCAAUCAAGUGGACUGCUCCAGAAGCUCUGAACUAUGGGAGAUACACAUCUGAGAGUGAUGUUUGGAGCUUUGGAAUCCUUUUGUGGGAGACCUUCAGUUUAGGCGUGUGCCCAUACCCUGGAAUGACCAACCAACAAGCACGAGAGCAAGUUGAGAAAGGUUACCGAAUGUCUGCACCACAAAAAUGUCCAGAAGAAAUAUAUAAAAUAAUGCAGAGAUGCUGGGACUACAAGCCAGAAAACCGGCCAAAAUUCAGUGAGAUUCAGAAAGAGCUGUCUUCAAUCAAAAAGAAAGUGACAUAGUGAUGAAGAGGUGCCAAACUCAAUGUCUGGGACUUUAUUUUCCAGUGAAGUAAUUGUUUCCCUCAAACACUAUGCAUUUAUAUAGCAUUAUUUGCAAUAUUCUUCUAGGAUUACUUUGAAAUUAACUGGUGUACCAUCUUGAAUGGUGCCUACACCUGCAUUAAAGAUAUAUACUGCAAAAUGCUAUAUAUCCAGUCACAGUAGUACUGUAAUUUAGGUUACAUGUACAUAGGAAAGCACAUGCUACAAAUUUAAGGGACUGUGGCUUCUAUCUGUUUUACAGCAAAUAACUGCUAGUGACAUUUUUCAGAAGUACUCUAGUUUAAGCUGUGCUCUCACUCUGCUAUCUCUGUCCUGUAUGUCAGCAUAUUAAUGUGGGGAUUGUCAUACAUGUUGGCCUUAAAACUGAAGACAGUUUUGACAAGUAUUUCAACUAGAAGCUGUUUUUAAAAAAAUUCUUUCUACAUCUGAUAGACUGAGGUGAUAUUUGGUUUUAAGCAUGAAGCUCACUUAGAUUCUGGAUGCAAACAUGCUUACUGAAUGGAAAAAUCCAGAAUUUUUUUGGUAGUUGAAUUACUUGUGCAUUUAUUACCAAACAUUAGAAAUACUUCUGACUUUUUAUGUGAUCUACUUAAUGCCUUUUUUCUCCUUCAAUGCCAUCAGAAUUCAGUAAUAUGUUUCUUUUAUGGUGACCUAUGUUUAUUUUAGAACAAAAAGACCAAUAUAGAGUAUAUUUCUUUGAUUUCUUAGCCCAUGCUAAGAAAUACUGCAAACUAUCUGCCUUUCAAAAAAUAUGUGAAAGUACUAGGCCAAGAAAAAGGGGUUUAUUAAUGAUAGCAGCAGAUGACAAAUAUCAUUGAUCUUAGAGGCGCUAAAGAAUAUGUUGCUAGAUUUGCUUUUGACCCUGAUUUUUUCCAUUAAAUUGGUAGAAAUUCUCAGAAUGCAGCUGGAGCAUGCAAAAGUUUAUUCUGAAUAAAGGAACAUCUCAUGCAUAGUGUCCAAAGGAAAAUACUACUUCUGUAUGGCAUGAGGAAGUUGUUCUAACAACCAAAAGGAAAGAAGUAUGUUUAAAGCCUCUGACAGGGAACAGCAGAGUAGAAAUACUAAUCUUCUAUUUUUCUUACAUUAUUGCAAUCAAAUAUCAAAAGACUGGGGAUAAACAAGGUUUAAAUGCACCAAGAAUAUAAACCUUGUGUUUGUAUAUAUAUACAUAUAAAUAUAUAUUAAAAAAAAAGCCAGAAAGAAUAAAACCUUACUAGAUAGAGGAGGGAGGAAGUGCACCAUUUGUUACUUUGACUCUGGGUACUCUUUGCAGCUGGAAUUGUUUUCUAGAGCUCUGAAUCGAAAUAGGAACAAGUUACUGUAUCCCUGUCUGAGUUCCAGCAUUAAGGUGCUUAAAAUACUUCCAAGGAAUUUACUAAAAUAUUCAGAUCAAGGGAUACUAGUUGCUGCUAAUGCAAGUAAGAAACAGGGAUUGUAAGUAACACAGCACCUGGAAUGUUAAUUAGCCUUAUAUUUUAGUGUUACAGUGGGAAUGAGAUGUAGUGAAGUCAGUGGCUACAUUACAUUUUUAUUUCUGUUAGUGUGGCUUUUCUAUUGUCCACAUCAUCUUUUGCUCUCUAAAGAAUAUUUACAGUAGUGCUGAGUGGUGGUUUAGGGCUAUAUGUGACCAAAAUAUGUGUAGUCUAGAAGAAUUUGUCUCUUACAUAGGAAUUAGUGUCCAAUUACAACAGUGAAUGGUUGUGUGGGAUCACAUCACCUGCAUUUGAGGUGGUACUGUCAGUAUCCAGCUGUAAGGAAUGGUAAGUGCUUCUUGCAUUUUCUUGAGUGAUUUUUUUCUUGGAGAUAAGGAAGCAUUUAUAUACACAUACCCAUUAAAGUGUAGUGAUUGGAAAACUUGGUGGCAUAAAUUAAAACUUCAUUGUAAGUGUACUGGAUAUGUUUACUUAGUUCUGUACUUCAAGUAGCCCAGAGAUAUUUUUCAAGAGCAGUAGGAAACAUUCUUGUUAGCUUGUAUGCUUCUAAGUAGUACACAGAGUCUGUGCCUUAAUUUGCUAAUAUGCUAAUGCAAGUGCAAGUGUACUAAGAUCUAAGAAAUGUUUCACAAUCAUUUGCAGAAAUCCAUCCAACUGUGUUUCCUUACAUAUGCAUCCCUGAAGUCUGCAAGUAAGGAUAACAGUGUCAGCGUUCGUAGCUUUUCUGGAGAGUUAAUAUUCUUUUGUUAGAGAGAUGGACUGUUUCUUUACCAUAUGCCCUCUUGACAGCAAGAAAUACUGCUUUAUUCAGAUAAAAUAAAAUACUGUUGUAUUUGUCAUAAAUUAACCAGUCACCAUCCUGAAUCUCACAGAAGGAUAAAAACAGUACUAACACUUUAUUCUGGAAUAGUUAAUCUCCAUACAUAUAUAUCACACUUCUGUUUAAAUUUGAAGUCUUUUUAAAACAGGGGAUUUCUACAGCAUUAGGAAAGUUUGUUACUCUUACUGAAGUAAGCACCAGUUCAGUUCAAAACUAGUUAUACUUUGGGAGAAUACCAGAAUGGCUUUGUAAGUAUAGAAUAAAUUUCAACACAGGUACAUGUCUUCUCAAUUAUUUAAACUUUUUGUAUCAAUAAUUUAGUGGUUUGUGGCAGAAUUUGUUUCUCAUGUCUGACUUGUAAUUGUUGAAACUAUUCAAUUUGGGAAGUGGAAUCCAUACCUAUAGCUACUGUAGGCUUCUCACAGGAGCAUUCACAACCAAGCCUGCCAUGCCAUGAAAUUUAAAAGACAUGGCACCAAAGAAGCGAAGCUGCAAUAUCUUCUCUCUGUGGCCUUUUGAUGACUUAAUCUUGUCUGGUUAAUCUUACCAGGUUAGCCAGGUCAUUUGGCUCAUGUACUGUCUCUAUGAUAGAGAACUUAAAAAGAGAACAUAUAAAGAAGUUAAGCUUCAGUCUCUUUUGCAAGCAUGGAGUUCAGGUUAGGUUGUUACACUGGCAUUGUCAGAACCAGAGAGAAUCCUGAAUUAUUUUACACUGUUAAAUGUAGAAAACUCUAAAUACUGUUAUCCUCAGCUUGUAAUGUGAGAGGGAAUUCAACAGGUUUUCUCUUAUUUUCAGGUUUUUUCUAGGAAUUGCAUUCAUUAUUUUAAGAAAAUUGCUUUGAAGGCAAAAAGUGCUUUCUUAGUUUGUUUUUAGUAGAAAAUUAGCGUAUAUUAGCUUCCAAGUCCAGUCCUCAGUGAAAUCAUAAGGUUUUCUAAGCUUCUUUAUUGUAUGAAAAGUAAAAUAGGGAAAUGUGUCUUGUCUGGAAACAAACAUUGCUUCAGCAAAGAGUGGUGAUGUAGAGUUACCAUCCCACAAAGGCAUUAUCUUUGAAAUGUGCAUUUUCAUUAGUUUCUGUGAAAACCAAUGAACUAGCUUUUCGUUUAUCUUAACAAAAAUAUGCCCUUUUGUAGACUUGCCUAAAAUUUUUUGGAAAUUGUUAUUGGGAAGUGCAUUACCAGAAGGCCAUCAGUGAGAACUGCAGCUGGUAAAGCCCUUUCUCACUGACAGGAAAGAGAAAACUGGUUAAGGAAAUAUUAGGUUAUUCAUACUCAAGUAUUUUUUCAUUAAUGUCUUUCACCACCUGUUAUGCUUACUUAAAUACAAGCACAUCAUUAAAAUUUUCUAUGAAGUUA